AUGAUCCUAAACGAGCCCAAUCAUGACUUCCUCACAACACUGACCGUCUCCUCCCACCUCGACACCGGCCUUCACAUCGGCUCUUUCAACCAUAUCCAAGAAUGGAAACUGCCCCUCGACACUCCCAACGAUACGCACCGCCACAUCUCCCACCUAAUCGGCUGGUACCCCGGCUUCUCCAUCGCCUCCUACGCAAAUGGCUACACCAACUCCACAAUUCAGUCCGCAGUCCGUACAUCCCUAGUAAACCGCGGCAUCGGCAUCACAGAUGCAAACAGCGGCCGGGAGAAAGUGUGGCGCGCCGCGGCUUGA